GCUGAGCUUGCAGAGAAGGAAGCAGUCCAGUUGAGGAGGUCAUAAAGAUGAAGGCUGAGUGCACUGAACAAAAGGGCAAUUGACCCUGGAAGCUGAAAGAGGACUGUGGAAAUGUGUUUUUAAUGGAUAAAGAUGUUUAUGACUUGUUUACGGUGCAGCUGUUGUUUUCCCAUCCUUUAGAGAUUAAUGUUCUCGUUAACUAGGGACCCCCAAAAGACAAUAAAAAGAGGAAGCGGUUAGAUGGGUUUCAGAGCGGUUGGGAGACUUGUAACUGAACACAUCUCUGACCGUUCUCCUCGUGCGAGUAAAAUAACUAAUACUUUGUCUCUCUCUCUUCUUUUUAAGUAUUGUAGGUUGUUUAAACCUGACACUUUCCAACUCUGUUUUCCCAUUAUACACUCUGACUAUAGACACAAAAACAACAAAAUAAAUUUAAUUUAAUUCAAAAAUACGUUAUACAGGAUUCUGAUUAAAUAAUACAGCCCAAGUGAAUGAGAGAUUAUUUUGAAUAUAAACAAAAUUAAAAAUAAUAGCUGGUGGAAUCCUAGAACCGGUUUAAUGAGAUCAAAGGAAAAAUUCUAUGAUGUCACUCAUGAAGGUGUCUUUGUGACGUCAUCGGCUCAGUUUAUGUAACAUACUUAUGUGUUGUUCACAACCGCAUUUGUGGAAAAAUGUCUCAUCAAAUGCAGAGAUACCGCAAUGAAAAUAUAGGACCCCAGGAGGAAUGGGGAAAUCAACACAAUCCGCACGCCCAGUGUCAUCCUCCUCCUGUGAAUUUCUUCCAAGGGGAAAUCCAGAGACUGAACGCUCUUUUGGAAAUGGAGAGAGAAAAAUGGUUUAAAGAGAACCAAAAGGUAGCCUACCUGCAAACAGAGCUGGCAGAGACACAAUUCCAGUGGAGAAGGCAGAAAAGUCUCAAAGAAAUGUAUAUCAACAAGGAAAAAGAGACAAAGAGCAAACUUGAGAGAAUAGAUAGAUUUAGUGAUCCAGCAACCCUUGACCCUGCGGUCAUUGCUUCCAAGGUGCACAAUGACAUGAAAUACAAGAAGAAAAAGUUGUUGCAAAAAGACUUUGAAGAAAUAAAGGUGGCCCUCAUCCUCAACCAGGAAGCUUUUACUUCACAAAUCCAGGCAGAAAAAGAGAAAAAUAAUGUCCUUCAAGAAGAACUGGACAAACUCAAGACUUCCUACGAGGAGCUUUGCUCAAAAUGUGAAGUCGAUGUUGCUGCAGGGAGGCAGCAGGCCCAGGUGCAGACGUUUUGUGAAGAGAAGAUCGGUGAGGAUCCACAGCUCCUUGAGAAGCUGAGAGCUGCGAAGGACGAUCUCCAUCAAAAAAUGUCACAAGAGAUCGUAUUUCUGAAAGAGAAGGAGGAACAUUUGGAAAGUGAACUAGAGCAGGUCAAAGAUUUUCACCAAGAAUUGCUUGGCGUAUAUGAAAGAGAUGUUGCCAAACUAAAAGAGGAAGUUGAAACAUAUCAGAAAGAGUUAAAUCACGAGAAAACAGCUAAUUCACAUAGAGCAAUGAAAGACGUCCACCUUAUUAAGAAAUUGAGACAUGACAACACAUAUCUCUACAGCACAAUGUCAGAAAAGAUCGAGAUUCUGCAACGGCAACUCGAAGAGACUGAGAACCAUUUGGACCAAAAUGAAAAAGAUAAUUCUGCACUGAGACAACGGGUCAAAAACUUUCAGCAGCAGAUAAUUCAGGAGAAAAAAGCUCAUUUGAAGACAGCAAAGACGGACCUGACACUUCUGAACAGCAUGAGAACUGAGCAGGACGAUCUCAAAGAAAACAUGUCAAAAGUGAUUGCCUUCCUGCAAGAGAGGGAAAAUGGUUUCCAGAGAGAACUGGACCAGAUCAAAGUUUCAUACCAGGAACUCAACUGUAAGUAUGAAAAAGAGGUUUCUGUACUGAAACAGCAAGUAGACACAUAUCAGAAACAUUUAGAUCGCGAGAAAAAAAGCUAAUUCACAGAAAGCAAAUAAGGACCGCCAGCUUAUCAACAAACUGAGAGAUGAGAAGGUGCAUCUUCAGAAAACAAUGUUAGAACAUAUCGAGAUUCUGCAACAGAAAUCCGAAGAGCCCGAGAAUGAUAAUUCUGAGCUGAGAAAACGGGUAGAAAAUCUUCAGCUGCAGAUAAUUCAGGAGAAAAAAGGUCAUUUGGAGACAGCAAAGAAGGACCUGACACUUAUCAACACCAUGAGAACUGAGCAGGACAAUCUCAGAGAAACUAUGUCGAAAGAGAUUGCAUUCUGGCAACAGAAGGAGAAACGUUUGAAGGGCGAGAUGGACAAGAUAGAGAUUUUAUACCAGGAAUUACAAUCUAGGUAUAAAACAGAUGUUUCUGCACUAAAACAGCAAGCAGAAACCUUUAAAAAGGACAUAAAUAAAAACUUGAAGACAGCAAAUAAGAACCUGGAGCUUAUCAACAACCUUCAGGUAGAGAAGGAUGAUCUUCAACAGAAAGUCAAUGUCCUACAACAAACAUCAUCUGACAGGGAAAUUGGUUUAAAACCAGAACUGGAAAAUGUGAAAACAGAGCUCGAAAACCAAAUCAGAAUUAACACGAAGCUCUCUGCUGAGCUUGAAGACAGAGAUGAACUUAAUAAACAGAAAAGAAAAAGUGACAGGUGGACAGAACCAAGACAGCAAAAAGAAUCCAUCCCUAGAGAAGACAUUUUUGACCUUGGCAGGAUGGAUCUUAAUCUCUCAGUGGAAACCCUAUCAGAUUUCAGUGAAUUUACGAAUGUAACGGACAUUGACAUUAUGGGGGAAUUUAGCAACUUCUCAACAAAUCUUGAUUCUCAAUUAAUGAAAAAGACAGAAACUGUCCCAGAGAAGUUGGACAACCCAGAACCUAAACCCAUGGAGGAAGCAGGCAAAGAGACAGAAUUAACGCCUUCGGUUUGGAAAAGAAUUCGGCAUGCUCUGGGUUUGAGGAAACCUGAAAAAUUGAAGAAAAACAAUAACACAUAUGAAGUAACAAACUAAAAAAAAGUUCUCUUCUUAACUAAAUUUAAAAAAUGUAAAGGUCACCUUCAAACCUCAAAAUAUAUCCGACAUUUCAGAAAAAAAGGGCGGCACGGUGAUGCAGCGUUUAACACUGUAUCUGCACAGAGAGAACGUCACAGAUCUUAACUGGGCGCCUCUUUCUGUGUGGAGUUUGUAUGUUCUCCCCGUGCUUGAGUGGGUUUUCUCCAGGUGCUCUGGUUCCCCCCCACACUCCCCAAAAACAUAUAUGUUAGGUUAAUUGGCUAAUGUAAAUUGUCCCCAAUUGCGUACUGAUUCCAGGAAACAGCUAAAUUGUUCAGUCUGUCAUUGCUCCUCCAUAGGAAAUGUAAAGAAGGAAUUUAAGCUUCACCUCACACCUGGAACAUUUGCAAACUGACCUGAAAAAUCAGGAUAUGGUCACCACCAUUCUCAACAUAUCUUGAUUCUGAAUUAAUUAAAAAGACAGAAACUAUCCCAGAGAAGUUGGACAACCCAAAUACUAAACCCAUGGAGGAAGCACGCAAAGAGGCAGAAUGAAUGCCUUCGGUUUGGGAAAAAAAAGGUUGAGCACGCUGUGGGUUUAAGGAAACCAGAAAAAUGGUACAAAAACAAGAAGUUCCCAUCUUAACAAAGUUCAACAAUCUCACUUUCAAACUUCAAAAUAUAUCCGACAUUUCAGAAAAAAAAAGGGCGGCACGGUGAUACAGCGUUUAACACUGAAUCUGCACAGAGAGAACGUCACAGAUCUUAACUGGGCGCCUCUUUCUGUGUGGAGUUUGCAUGUUCUCCCCGUGCUUGACCCCGAAAAACAUAUAGGGAGUAUAUUAGUUUUUAUAGUAUAUAUUACAUGUUUAAUAAUUUACAAACUAAAAUCCCUUGGGACGCCCCCCCCAAGCUGCCUUAACGUGAUGAAUUAUACGGGGAACCCCUAAAUGGGCACCAACCACACAGUUCUAAAGCAUCAUUAUCUACAUUAAAACCCAGCAGCGUGACUGCUGCCCGUGUGUCGAAGCAGCACAUGCAACUGCAGAUCUCCACUGCGAUAUUGCAUUUUAAUUGGACUCAGUGGGACAUCUUGUCAAUCUGGAGAUGAAUAAGAAAAAGAUAGCGGCUCUGUGUUUUAAACAACAGAUACCACAUCUACAACUUUUAAUUUGAAUUAACUUCUGAGUUGCAAUAUAUGAGUUGCGAUUGUUAAGGAGGCAAAGAAAAUGACCCAAGGGUCAGUUUCACUGCAGUCGUUAUGGUGAAUCAUGCCGGAGAAAAUCACUUAUAUCUGAGCAUUCAGGAGGUUUAACUAUGACAUAACUGAACUGGAAAUAUUUAAACAUGGGCUUCAGACCUGCUGUGAGAGAAACUAAAGAGAAAAUAGGUGCUUUGUUUCAAAGUUUAGAAAAAUAAAACAAGAUAAAUUCAUAAAACUGUUUGUCUUGAUAGAUUAUUAUAGUCAUAAUCCUCAAUUCUGUUGGCCAGUCUACUGUAAGAAUACUGCAUAUUGAUAGA